AUGACAGAAGCAUUGAAGGAGACUGUGAGCUCAGCUUGGACCGACGUCAAGCGUAGUCUGUCCAGCGCACCACCCAAUGACGCCUACCUUGCCUGGGACGCUGAAGGUGUAGAAACCAUCAAGCCAGACGAGCAAGAGAAAGUACAGCGUAUCAAAGAGGUCAUGGCGCGUAUGCAAAAGCACAACUUCGAUCUCCACAGGAAAGCAUUCAGAGCAACCCAUGUCAAGACGCAGGGUAUUGUCAAGGGUACGCUGCAAGUCCACGAAGAUCUGCCAGAGCAUCUUCGUCAAGGCAUUUUUGCAGAGCCAGGCAAGACCUAUGAUAUUGCCGCAAGAUAUGCAAAUGAACCGUAUCUUCUUCAACGUGACCAGGAAGCUGGUCCUCGCGGUUUAGGUCUGAAAGUCUUUGGUGUCAUUGGACCUCGAUUGGAAGGCGUCGACGACUCUGUCAAUACACAGGAUUUCUUUUUCAACAAUGCUCCUAGCAUUGAACUGACAGACAUCGACACGACUCUAGACAUCAUGAGUCUGCGCGAGAAGUACUUUGACGAUCCUGCAGCCUUGGGCAGACAUUUGAAGAUGAGAACGGAUCUGGUGAAGCAGCAUGCCCCUUAUAUGCUUCCGAACACCAACAUCAUAUCUCAUUCCAUGUACACCCAGUCAGCAUUCCGAUUUGGCAGAUACUACGGACAUAUGGCUCUUUUUCCUGUGCUAGAGGCUCAGAAAGCAGCCGUUGACAAAGUCAAGAACGAUGACCCAUCGUGUGUAUUGUCGGACUGGUUGUUCGACUACUUUGGUGGCAAAGAAGCCAAAUACGAGUUCAAGAUCCAACUUGGGACCGAUCCAGCUCAUCAUCCUACUGAGGAUGGAAGUGUGGUGUGGGAUGAGGCUACAAGUCCUUAUCAAUCCCUAGGUAUCAUUACUUUCCCUGCGCAAAACAGCUUCAGUCAGGAACGACGGGUCUAUUGGGAGGAUCAUAUGUCCUUGGAUGCGUGGAGGGGUUUAGCCGCACAUAGACCUUUAGGAGGCAUCAAUCGCUUGAGGAAGGACGUCUAUCCACAUAGCAAAAAUACUAGAGACAAGAUCAACGUCUCAAAGUCGGAGGAUGUCCGGAGUGUUGACGAAAUACCAAACUAG